AUGUUGCCCAGGUCGCCACAACUGAAGCGGCGUAACGUGCGUAAGAAUCUCAACCCAUCGCUAGCCGCCGAGGACUUCACGCUUCGUCGCUCUCCGAAAGAUUCUUCUAUUCGAUGGACUGAUAUUUUCACAUCAAAACGAAUUAAGAAGACGAUUCACAAACAUUUUCGAGAUCCAUAUUAUUAUGAAGACGAUCGACAAUCGAUGGAUGAGAUGGUUUGCGCGACGAAAGAACUAUGCUCACUGUCCACUUCAGAGUUAAACGGUCGAGUUGAACAAGUUCUGCGUGACAGAAACAUUGACCAGAAAACUAUUGACACUAUGCUGAAUAACAUGGAAGACGAGAGGAAACGAUUAAUUCUGACGCAACAUCUCAAAACUGACAUUCUCUUAGAACUAAGGGAAGUCCAUGAGGACACAGUUGAAUCACGCGAAUUACUCUCACUUCUUAUGGAAGUUGUUCGAUGCAUUCGAACAAUCGUCAAUACUUAUCCUGGAUUGGAACUCGUUUUGCAACGUGACUCACGCGUCAUUGGCCGUCUUAUUGAAGGCCUUUGUGUGAUUAAUAAGCGAAAACCUAGAGAAGGAGAAGAAACUGAAGCUGGUAGAGCUUUAAGAGCAGAAACUGUGAAAAUUCUCGCUUCUAUUGGUAUGGUAAAUCAGGAGUCCACCAAAAACAUACAGAUGGAAAUGACAGGCGCUCAAAAAAUGGUUAAAGAACUCACGUUGUUGUCUGCACGAACCAAACAACCACGGUUCAAGCCAAUUUUGGAUUGUCUUCGAUUUGUUAAGGAUUCUGAUGUAGAUCAUGUGUACCGAAUACUUAUCAUAAUCAACCUGCUGAUCCAUAGCAGUGACCGGGACUUCAGUGAUGAACAAGCUUGGCAAAUACGAAUGUCUCUUCGUUCUGAGCUGAUGAGAGAUGGAUUCGGAAAUUAUAUCCCUCACAUAGUUGAGUUGGCAAAGAUAGAUCAACGAAUUAGCGAAGUGUACGGUGCGUUUACGUCAAUACAGGAUGACGAUUUUAAUGAGUUGGUGUCGCGUUUCGAAUCCCUCCGCGGGGAAUAUGACGCAUUGGGUGGUUGCUUCGAAGUUCUUGCGUCAACUUGUGAGAAUACGCCAGUCGAAUCUGUUCUGUUGAGCAUUUUUCAACAUCUGAUGCUAAUUCCCGAUGAUGUUUCCGUGAGGCAAAGUUGCAUUAAUGAAAUCGUCUUACCCAAAAACGGUGUCGAUCCUGAUUUUGAUUCGCAAUUCCAUUUUGAAACACCUGUGAGCGAAAUCAUAGAACAACUACAAGAUGCAGAAUUUUCUCGAAAAUUGGAGCAAAGUGUCCAACAGAAACAAGAAGCUGUUGCUAAGCAGAUGCAAUAUUGGCAGAAGCUCAAUGAAUUUCGUACAGAGGCAAACUUGCUGCGAAAGCAUAUAGAGAAUCCUUCCAACCCCAUUCCUUCAGCGACGACAUGUACACUUCAGCCGCCGGUCGAUUCCGCAAUUCCUUCUACUAGUGGGCUUCCUCCCAUUACCGGAGGGCCGCCACCACCUCCUCCGUUGAACAAUGGUCUACCUCCAGUAACUGGCGGUCCCCCUGCUCCACCGCCACCUGGCAUGGGUGGCCCACCGCCACCACCACCUCCGCCACCACCUGGCUUCGCUGGGCCUCCUCCACCUCCUCCUAAUCUCUUGAACAAUGGUGUUGGACUGCCACCACCACCAGGUCUUCAAAUACCGCUUAACAACGCUCAGCCUGCUCUACCUGAUUUUCUUACACUGAAGACAAAGCGAAACGUCGAUGUGCCUAUGCGGAAAUUUCCAUGGACGAGUAGCACUAUCAAUCCUCGAAAUCUGCAUCGUGAUUGUUUCUGGGCAACAACUUCAGAAGAUGAUUUGGCUAACGAAUCCUUGCUUCAACAGUUAAAGGAAAAGUUUGCUAAUAAAUCUGCCGUUGCAAGUGUUGAUGCACAUAAAAGCGGGGUACCGGUAAGGAAAGCGAAACAGCCCCAAAUUGUGAAAGACGAGAAGAUUCUUCAGGCCCUGGCUAUCCUGCAAGGAUCUGUAAAGCUUUCUCAUAGGCAGUGGCAAAAAUCACUUCUACGUGUGGAUGAUACUGUGCUGUCAGCGAACACACUGCAGCAACUUCGCACUGCCCUUCCACCUCUGGAAAUGAUUAAGAAGUUAUCUGAAGUUGAUCCGUCGGUUAUGAAAGAAAUGCCGGAAGGAGAUAUCAAGAACCGUAAAAGAUGUUGUCAUACUGAUCUUGUUCUUUUCUCGUUUGAUGUGUUUGCUCCUAUCGCCUGUCCGUCCAUUGAUCAUCGGGUGACGCGAACGGAUGCCAUCAAGGGGAUUUCAUCGGUUAUGGAAGCCUGCGAUGAGAUUAGACGUUCAAAAGGAUUCAAAACUUUUCUCGAAUUAAUACUUCUGUUUGGAAACUACAUGGGCCAAUCAUCGAAGACGUAUAAGGAUACGUUCGCAUUCGAGAUGUCCGUGCUUACGAAACUUACGGAUGUGAAAGAUGUCGAUAACAAGUACACACUUCUGCACUACAUGGUUGAUUGGAUGAGGAAGCAUGACGUUAAUAAUGCACGACAACGAAUGAAGGGACUGUGGUUUUGGACCGGCUCUAAUUUUCUCAAGCAUCUACACACACGACAGACCUUAAGAACUAAUUCGAAAAUGAACCCUGUGGUUGAUUGGACAAUUUUCCGAAUUCGUGCUUGCUCACCUGCUGGAAUAUCAACAUUAUCUUGCAGAUUCGUACACGAAGACUUUUAUCACUGUGUAGCAGCUUCAAGGGUGAACGCAGAUGAACUGGCGAAAGGAGUGACGGCUCUUCGACAGAAUGUAGCGAAGUUGGAAAAAUGUCUUGACUCAUACAAGGAACAAAGCGAUGAAGAUAGGUUCGCUGAAGUAAUGGGUCCGUUCCUCGCAAAGGCGCAAAGCGAACUAUCCACAGUGGAGACGAUGUACAGCAAAAUGAAAUCUGACUGGGCUAGUUUCACGAGAUUCUAUGCGUUCGAUGAAAAAAAGUAUCCGCUGGAACAAUUUUUCGUUGACAUGAAGUCGUUCAAAGAACACUAUGAGGUACUGUGUACGUUAAUAUCUAAUAAUACCCUUUGGUGUUAUGCUGUGUAUCGAGAGUUGGAGACAGAAAGGUUGAAAGCGGAAAAAGAUCGCGAAACUAAUGCGAAGUUGAAGCGUAGUUUAGCCACACCUUCUAUCAAAAAUCAGCCUACCUGUCUUGGUAUUGCCGCCAGUAGACUUCAAACAGCUGUUGAUUCACCUGGUGUAUUGGACGAGCUCGAUAAGAUGAUGGCUGGAGGAGGUUUGGCGAAGUUCUUGCAAGGACCACGAACACCUCGUAAUGUGCCUGUGGGACGGACCAAGACUGGUCGUGCUGCCCUACAGCGCCAACGGUCUCGUGGAGCAGAUGUUGUCCUCCGUGAGGCACUUGGCGAGAGUGAGGGUGAAAUAAAUACGGCUCGAGUGCCAUUGUCAGUUCUCCCACCAGCCCCUGAGAAGGUUCGAAUUCGACGGAAAGGUGCCCCUACAGUAGAGGUGGCCUUAAGACCGGCUAAAACAUCGCCCACACAUAAGGAGAAUGGCGGAGCAUUACCAACAACAGAAGACUUGCUGGCUCGGCUUCAGCAAUACUAA